UCAGCUGCCCUGAAACAAAUUCUCAGUAAGUGCCAGUAACUGCAGCAGGCACAAAGAGGAGAAGAAGGAGAGCAAAGGCAACAGGGGGAAGACCAUUCUGCACUUAAAGCCUACAGAACUUGCUUGUCUGCCUCUCAAAGAUUGUGAGGUCUGAUUCCACCAGACACUGUCUUCUCCUUGCAGCCAUGGCACCCACUCUAGCCACCGCAUUUGCCCGCCGCUGGUGGAUGGCAAUAACAGCCAUCAUUGAAAAUCUGCUCUUCUCUGCCGUUCUGCUGGGUUGGGGCUCCUUACUCAUCAUGCUGAAGUCUGAGGGUUUCUAUUCAUAUCUCUGCACAGAUCCAGGAAACAGCUCGACGGCAAACUUCUCCUUACCUGCUGUGCCUUCAUCACAGUCGAAUGAUGCAGAUUAUGAAUAUGACGAGUUUCAGCCUGCCCAGCGUGAUGGCGGUGUGGAUGUGGUCCCUCUUAACCAUCCGGAGGACUAUCUGAGGAUGAACGGCUGGCUCAUCUGUAAAGAACAGGAUGAGAUGCUGAAUCUGGCCUUCACCGUGGGCUCCUUCCUCCUCAGCGCCAUCACACUCCCUCUUGGAAUCGUCAUGGACAAAUACGGCCCACGCAAUCUCCGCCUGCUUGGAAGUGCCUGCUUUGCCCUCUCGUGCCUUAUGAUUGCGUAUGGAGCCAGCAACCCAAAUGAUCUGUCCGUUUUGAUUUUCAUCGCUUUGACCUUUAAUGGCUUUGGAGGAAUGUGUAUGACCUUCACUUCACUUACGCUUCCCAACAUGUUUGGCGACCUGCGUGCCACCUUCAUCGCACUCAUGAUUGGCUCGUACGCUUCCUCAGCUGUCACCUUUCCUGGAGUCAAGGUGAUUUAUGAUGUUGGUGUGACCUUCAUCACGAUUCUGGUGGUCUGGGCAGGCUGUGCAGGCCUCGUCUUCAUCAACUGCUUCUUCAACUGGCCCUUGGAGCCUUUCCCUGGACCCGAGGACAUGGACUACACUGUCAAGAUCAAGUUCAGUUGGCUGGGAUUUGACCAUAAGAUUACAGGAAAGCAGUUUUAUAGGCAGGUGACGACAGUAGGCAAGCGUCUUAGCGUGGAUAACACUCAGAAACAGAAAGAGCUUGCCAAAGAGGGCCAAAAACUCUGCCUGUCCACCAUGGACCUGGAACUGCAGUGUGAGGCCAAGGAAGAAACUCAGUCAUUCAUGAAGAGCAUUUGCAGCCCUCUCUUUAUGCUGAGUCUGGUGACCAUGUGUGUAACUCAACUGCGUCUCAUCUUCUACAUGGGAGCCAUGAACAACAUCUUGGAGUCCCUCAGUGGAGGAGAUCUCAACACUGUGAGCCUCUACACCUCUAUUUUUGGUGUGAUGCAACUCUUGUGCUUGAUGACAACGCCGGUCAUUGGUCAGAUUAUGGACUGGAAGCUAAAAGAAUGCGAUGAUGGAGAAAACGAUGAAAAACAGCCCAACAAGGACGAGCCCCAGCCCAAACGCAGAGACAGACAAAUUCAGAAAGUCACCAAUGCCACACGGGCCUUCAUCUUCACCAACAUCCUCCUUGUCGGCUUUGGCAUCACCUGCCUAAUUCCCAACCUCCCUCUUCAGAUGCUCUCGUUUGUCCUUCACACUAUCGUCAGAGGCUUCAUCCACUCCGCCAUCGGUGGACUUUACGCCGCUGUGUACCCAUCAUCUCAGUUCGGCAGUCUGACAGGAAUGCAGUCAUUGGUUAGCGCUGUGUUCGCUCUGCUGCAGCAGCCUUUGUUCAUGGCCAUGAUGGGACCACUGAAGGGAGACCCACUCUGGGUAUGACACACACACACACACACACACACACACACACACACACAACAGAGAGCUUUAGUAAUACCAAAUGGAUUAAAUGUCCGUCAGGCAUGUUUUGACCUCCUCUUUAUGUUCUUUAUUUUUUAGGUGAAUAUUGGUCUGCUGGUUGUCAGCAUGCUUGGCUUCCUAUUACCACUCUACCUGCUGUACUUCAGGAAAACCCUGCACAAAAAGAGGAAGGAGAAAGAAAACGAUGCUAAAAUCUAUCUCAAAAUCAACGGCACUGACGUACCAGAGGCAUUUGUAUAAAGAAAGCAGAUAAAGGGAAAAACAAAGGCAUGAGAGAAUAAUCACAGCUACACAAAAACAGAGACGAUUAAAUACUAUUGUGACUCUUAGACGUUCAUUGAGUAACUCAAUGGACGGAAAGAAAAACGAGAGAGAGACAGAAAGCAACCCUCUACUUCACCAUUUUAUUUUCAUUUACACAGAUAUCUUAUAACAUGUAUUUGCACAAGUGCUAUAGUUUUACCAUAAAACCAGGGGCAUUUCAGUAUACAGCAUUACUCUUUUAUAUACACCGUUUAUGCCAACUGGACGUUUUUGAGCCAGCCUGGCCUACACAGAUGCCAGUGUGAUGCCAGUUGGCAGUCUAGCCCAAGAACACCCAAAACACCCCAACUUCGCAAGGGAUAAACCAUUAUAGCCCCAGUUUUCACUGUAAUAGUUGUGGUGCAAUGCAGUUGUAUUUACUAAAGACCACAUUUUUCGUUUAUAAUGAUCCACAAAGGGCUUUUUACAUUUUUCUAUGAAAUAAUCAUCUGUGAUCUCUUUUGAUCAUACGUCGUUUAUGAAAGCCACAAUUUGUGCAUUUUAGUUUGUAUAUAUGUUUUUACAUUGCAUGUGCAUGAGAUGCAUACAUAAAAGAGGCUGAAAUGCUUAUGAUCUGUGUGGUGAUGGCUGAAAGCGGAGGCCCAGAUGUCUGGGGUAACAACAGCACUUUUAACAUGUCCCCCAUGUCAUUUGUGUCACUGAUCAUAAGAUCAAGUUAGAAUGGACCUCUGAAGUAAAAUAUAGAGAAAGCACAACUUAACUCACAAAUGUGCCUUUUGUGCGGUUUACAGUGAAGUUAGCGAUGCUGAUGAUAGCUGAUGGGAGGACUGGAGCCACGGAUACUGUGGAAAUAUUUGGGUGUUGUGUGUAAUGUAUUUAUUUCAAUAAAAUCUAAUGGACCAUAUGGACAACGCAGCCUUAUUUGCAAAGGUUUUUAUAUUAACUUACAACUCAGUGUUCCAGUGGCUGUUUGUUUGUUUAUUUUUUCAAAAACCUUUAUGUAUUGUUCUAUAUGGCAUUACUGUUGAGGAUAUAUAUUCAAUAAAAAAUUUAAUUAUUGC